AUAUUACUGCUAAAAUAAACGCAGUACCCCAAACCCCCUCGGUCUCAGCCAUAUGAUCACUUGUAUUAUCUCCAGCAAACCUGGCUAGCUGAUAGGAAUCAGUGAUCUCACUCCCUUAUAGAACAACGCUAGAAAAACGAUACAGUUUUGUAUAGUGCAUAGCUGCAUGGUUCUGUCACACAUCUCUCCCUAUGGAAAACUGCUCCUUAUGCCAGCUACACCACCACUAUGUAACAUUUAGUUCUAUCCUAAACUGCUGUUUCUCCCUCCACAGCUUUUUCUUCUACCGCUGCUCUGUCUCCCAUCAGAUAAAUGGAAGUGGAAUAUGACAAGUGUUUACACAAUCAGCACAAAUCAGACCAUUUCCGUAUUGAGGACUUCCUCAACCCCUAGAGUCACUCGGCAAAGACCUCACUCCUGUAACUCCACCAGCCAGCUUGCUCAGGAUCAAGAAAAUGCUUUUUCUCAUGAUUCUGCUGUUUGCCUACCUUCAAAUGUCUCAGCAGAUUCAGAAAACUAUGGUAAACAGCAAAGAGAUGCUGUCCAAUCCCAGGCUCAAACCUGUUCAGGGGACUUUGAAUGUAGUGAUGAACCAGAACGUGACCCUCUCCUGCAACUCAGAUUCUGGAUCUCCACCUGUCAGAUAUACAUUGUUUAAACAUAAUCAGAAGGUAUCCACCUUAAAUAGGCCAGACCUGACCCCCAGUUUGUUUAACUUGACUAUCAACUCUGCCAGUGAUCUGGGUGAAUACAAAUGCAAAGCUGAGAACAACAACACCAGUGGCGGAAAAUACAGCAACAGUCUCAGCUUCACCCUUCUAGAGCCCAUUUCCAAACCAGUGCUGAGUUCACCCACCUCUCAAGCAAAGAAAGGCCAGAAUGUGACCCUGUCUUGUCUCUCGGAGAAUGGCUCUCUUCCUAUCACGUACAUAUUCUUCAAAGGAAUACAAAGCAUCUCUUCCCAGGUGAUGAUGCAGAAGGAAGCAGCUGAGAUUGUUCUAUUCAUCAAUUCCUCUAGUGACUUUGGAACCUAUAAAUGCAGAGCUGAAAAUGGUUUUCGCAGAAAUGCAAAAUACAGCAACGCUUUCAACUUCACGUUAGCAGAAGAGAGAAGACUUUCUCAGCCCCUGAUAAUUUCUCUUGGGCUGAUCCUGCUACUAUUCGCAAUAGGACUUGCUUUGGCAAUUCCGUUUUUCGUAAUUCCUUCAUAUAAAGCAAAAAAAUUUAAGUGUACUAGACCCUCAACUGGCUUUACUUCAACACCAAAUGUAGAAGAGCCUGAAGACGAGGUCAUAUACUCAGAAAUUGUGCCUGUUAAACCAGAAGAAGAAUACGUCAACUUUUCUGUUUUAAGAAGAGAAGAUGAAAAAGACAAGAGGGUGUGUGCCACCGUCUACUCAAGUGUGUUGAGCAGAGACUGAGUAUAAGGUAAGAUCUCUUUUGUGAUUAACUUAAUUGU